AUGGAGAGUGCUCUUCAGAUGCCGGGCUGGGUCCUUUACUGGUUCUACUCCACAGCCGUUAUCUGCACAUGGGAUGCAAGCUUUAUUGUUUUUCGACCUCACUCUCUCCCUGGGGGCAGCCUGGCCUCCAUCUGGUACCUAUAUAAGCACUAUGUGACGGUAGACCAGCGAUAUAAUGAUCUCAAAGACGACUUCGUGUUUGCCCAGAGUUUACUGAAUUAUGUAGAAGUAAUCCUGAACAUCAUCGCUAUAUUCAUGCAUUACCGGAAGAGCCGCCAUACACUGCCCUUGGCCUUCACAGUGACCGUUAUGACGUUUUGGAAGACAGUGCUGUACUUCUUAAUGUACGUCGUCUCCGACACUUACCGGAAGAACAAUACAAUGACGGAACACAUCUUCCUUUUCUUAAUUCCGAAUGGUGUCUGGGUCGUCCUUCCGUUCCUGGUCAUGGUCAAACUCUGGGGCAUGCUUCUUCCGCCUAGUGCUUCUGACGGCAGCAGAGUUCCGAACAGCCGGAAACGAAAAACAAAAGCAUCGUAG